UCCAGGAAAGACGACUUUUGAUAGACCUUCAGUAAUUCUUGGUUGGACUGGUACACUGAAUCAGGUGUGCCGUGAUGGUCAUGAUAUGCUUUAAUUUGAAUGAGACAUCUUGUAAGAAUGUUUAUAACGGUGCGCUGACAGGCGUUUGUCCAAUUAGCACGAAUUAACUCCCUUCCUCUUCUCCAAGACGCCUCAAUUUUGUCCGAAGCCGUUUACCAAAUAUAUUUCCAAACCGCCAGAAUUUUAGUUGGCCAUGCUUCUCUCUUCGUGUAAACUCCUGGGAAGAGGCCUAGCUGCUAUGAUCACGGCUCUCCUUGGAGUCACUGGGGAUCAUGGGUCCAUCCGUACUCCUACCAAGGCUUGUGUCUUUCUGAUAAUUGGUGUGGGGGUUUUAGGCAGUGCUUUGCUCUUUAUGCUUCCCAGGAGGAGGCUGGGGACUGCUAAGCCGCGAGCCCAAGCUGUCCCUGAGGCGGACACCUUGCUGAAGAUACCGAAGGUGGAGUCCCCCAUCUCUGCUGCUGCUGCUGCUGCUGCUGCUUCUGCUUCUGCUUCUUCUUCCCCGGAGAUUGAUGAAGAUCUUCACAGCCGACAGCUUGCUCUUUACGGGAGAGAGACUAUGCGGAAGCUCAUCAAGUCUAACGUCUUCAUCUCCGGCCUCUCAGGCCUUGGUGCUGAGAUCGCCAAGAACCUUGUUCUUGCGGGCGUCAAAUCAGUGACCCUGCAUGACGAUGCCAGUGUGCAGCUGCGUGACUUGUCAAGCAAUUUCUUUGUGUCAGAGGUUGAUGUAGGAAAGAACCGGGCUCUUGCCUGUGUUCCGAAGUUGCAGGAGCUCAACCAUGCAGUGGCAGUUGCUACCCUGACUGAUCUUAUACCCUCGAAGCUCUCCAAUUUCCAGGUGGCAGUCUUUACAGAUAUUAGUUUGGAGAAGGCUAUUGAAUAUGAUGAUUAUUGCCAUAAGCAUGAACCUCCCAUUGCCUUCAUUAGAGCUGAAGUUCGAGGCCUCUUUGGUAAUGUAUUUUGUGAUUUUGGUCCGGAGUUUACGAUUGUCGAUGUUAAUGGUGAGGAACCACAUACGAAUAUAAUUGCAUUUAUUAGUAAUGACAAUCCUGCUAUUGUAUCUUGUGUCGACGAUGAGAGACUUGAAUUCCAGGAUGGAGAUCUUGUGGUGUUCUCCGAAGUUGAAGGUAUGACGGAGCUAAAUGACGGCAAACCAAGAAGAAUAAAAAAUGUUAGGCCUCAUUCGUUUAUCCUUGAAGAAGAUACCACUUCUUUUGGGAUGUAUGAGAGAGGAGGAAUAGUCACCCAGAUAAAGCAACACAAGGUUCUCAAGUUCAAACCUCUAAGAGAUGCUCUCAGGGAUCCAAGGGAAUUUCUUCCUAGUGAUUACUCUAAAUUUGAUCGGUCACAAUUUUUUCACUUGGCGUUUCAAGCAUUGAACAAGUUCAGAAAUGAUUUUGGAUGUUUUCCUGCUGCUGGAUCCUCAAAAGAUGCUGAGAAGCUGGCUGCUUUUGCCGCUGACAUUAAUCAAAGUACGAUUAAUGGUAGUCUUACCGAGAUUGAUACCAAACUCCUGCGCCAAUUUGCAAGUGGUUCUGGAGCUGUUUUGAAUCCAAUGGCUGCAAUGUUUGGUGGGAUUGUUGGACAGGAAGUUGUUAAAGCAUGCUCUGGGAAAUUCCAUCCUCUACAUCAGUUCUUUUACUUUGAUUCUGUUGAGUCACUCCCUGCGGAACCUUUGAAUCCUGUGGAUCUGGAGCCGCAAAACUGCCGUUAUGACGAUCAGAUCUGUGUGUUUGGACACAAGCUUCAAAAAAAACUGGAAGAUGCUGAAGUAUUUCUUGUGGGGUCUGGAGCACUUGGAUGCGAAUUCUUGAAGAAUCUUGCACUCAUGGGAGUUUGUUGUAGCCCAAAGGGAAAGCUAACUAUAACAGAUGAUGAUGUCAUUGAGAAGAGUAAUCUCAGCCGCCAAUUUCUGUUUCGUGAUUGGAAUAUUGGGCAAGCUAAAUCCACUGUAGCAGCAUCUGCUGCAGCUUCAAUCAACCCAAGCCUCCACAUAGAAGCUCUUCAAAACCGUGCAUGCCCAGAGACAGAAGAUGUAUUUAAUGAUACAUUUUGGUGUCACUUGGAUGUCGUUAUAAAUGCACUGGAUAAUGUGCAGGCCAGACAUUACAUAGACUCAAGGUGUGUCUAUUUCCAAAAGCCGCUUUUGGAGUCUGGAACUCUUGGUGCCAAGUGCAACACACAGAUGGUUAUACCUCACCUCACUGAGAAUUAUGGGGCCUCCAGUGAUCCACCUGAGAAGCAGACUCCUGAGUGCACUCUCCAUUCUUUCCCCCAUAACAUUGAGCAUUGCCUGACUUGGGCCCGUUCUGAGUUUGAGGGUUUAUUUGAGAAAAUACCAAAUGAGGUUAAUAGUUUCCUAUCAAAUCCAAUUGAAUAUAUAUCCACUAUUGGGAAAAAUUCGGACCCUCAGACUCGAUCCAAGCUUGUAACUGUUGCUCAAUGCCUUUUCGAGGAGAGAUGUGAGACGUUUCAGGACUGUGUCACCUGGGCUCGGCUAAAGUUUGAAGAUUACUUCGUUAAUCGUGUGAAGCAAUUGACGUUCACCUUCCCCAAGGAUGCUGUUUCCAACCGUGACACUCAUUCUCCGUUCUGGUCACCUCCUAAACGCUUUCCUGAACCAUUGCAGUUCUCAUCUAGUGAUCCGACGCACCUUAGCUUUAUUAAGGCUGCAGCCAUGCUGAGAGCAGAGACAUUUCAAAUCCCUGUUCCAGACUCAUUGAAGAAUCCUUUGGUGCUGGCUGAAGCUGUUGAUAAAGUAACUGUACCAGAGUUUCUGCCAAAGAGGGAUGCGCAUAUUGUGUCUGAUUUGGAAGGUUCUCUUCCUAACUCGGCUUCAUUUGAUGAUGAUGUUGUUGUUCGUGAUAUCAUCAGAAAGCUCGAAAGAUUCACAGAGAGUUUGCCUCCUGGGUUCCAGAUGAACCCAAUACAAUUUGAGAAGGAUGAUGAUACAAAUUACCACAUGGACUUCAUAGCUGCGGUCGGUAACUUGAGAGCGAGAAACUAUAAAAUCCCUGAAGUUGACAAGCUGAAAGCAAAGUUCAUCGCUGGGAGGAUCAUCCCUGCCAUUGCCACUUCCACUGCAUUGGCCACUGGUCUUGUAUGCCUGGAGUUAUACAAAGUACUUGCGGGUGGGCACAAGCGUAUGGAUUACCGCAACUCAUUUGUUAAUCUUGCACUCCCACUGUUCUCCAUGGCUGAACCAGUUCCACCCAAGGUUACCAAGUACCGCGAUAUGACCUGGACGGUUUGGGAUCGUUGGAUCAUAAAGGGUGAUCUUACUGUUGGAGAGCUCAUUCAAUGGCUAGAGGAGAAGCAUCUUAAUGCAUACAGCAUCUCAUGUGCCUCGUCUUUCAUUUACAACGGCUUACUUCCCAACCACAAAGAACGGCUAGACCGGAAGGUUGUUGACCUGGCAAAGGAGAUCGCCAAGGUGGAGGUACCUCCAUACAAGAGUCAUCUCGAUGUUGAAGUUGGUUGUGAAGAUGAUGAUGGGAACGACAUUGAUAUACCUCUCAUCUCCAUAUCCUUUCGAGAGGUGAAAACUAUCAAAAGUAAUUAAUUUAUAGUUCUCACAUCAGUUAUAAAUCU